CCCAUGUGAUGGGUCAUGUGAUCUCGAGAACUCGCUUGUUUUCAACUGUAGUCAGUAUUUCUUCGGAUAAAUUGUGCGAGCGGUCCUAUGUUACGGUAGUCCGUAUAUUCUAAAAUCUGUAAAAAUAUAUCUCUCCUAAAUUAACAAUGAAUUUUUUAUGUGGAAAGCACCAACAGAUAUCUUUUCAAUUUCGACAUGCUUGAGUGCCACUGGAUGGGUGCAGAGUGUCAAUGGAUGCUCACCCGUGAACAAACUUGGCGUUGAAAACACGGCUGACAACUAUUAAAGAUACAUGUAACAAGUGUAGUUGAUUUACCCAGAGCGGUAGUUUUAUAGGAGAAGUAUCAGUAAAAGUGGUGAAGCAUUAAAUAUUGUGACAGUUGGUGAUCGAAAUGUCAGAAGAGGUACUUUUCAAAGUAAUCAUUAUAGGGGAUCCUACUGUCGGAAAAACAUCCUUUGUACAUCGUUAUGUCAAUUAUUCAUUCCGACGGGACUACAAAAUGACCAUAGGGGUUGACUUUGCCCUGAAGGUGAUUCGAUGGUCAGACAAGUGUAACAUCAAACUCCAGCUCUGGGACAUAGCAGGUCAAGAGCGAUUCACCUCUAUGACACGUGUCUACUAUAAGGAUGCACAUGCCUGUAUUGUGAUGUUUGACUUGACCCAGAAGAACACAUUUCAGAAUGCCGUGAGAUGGAAAAAAGACUUAGAUAGCAAGUGUGCUCUUGCAGAUGGCUCUGCAGUUCCUUGCCUACUUUUGGCCAACAAGUGUGACUUGCCUCACCGUGAAGUGGAACAGGGCGAGAUUGAAGAGAUGUGCAAGGAGCAUGAUUUUCUGGGUUGGAGUGAAACAUCGGUCAAAGAUUACAACAUGAUAGAGGAGUCCAUGAAUUUUCUUGUUGAGGAAAUGAUGGCAAAGCAUGCAGAAAUGGAGGGAUUUUCAGAGUCACAUCCUCAGGGAGGUGGGCCCAUCCGUCACCUAAGUAAAGAUGAUGAAAGCACUGAAGUAUCAAAUCGAUGUUCUUGUUGAUGAUGUCUUUGAUUUCAAGGUAAUCGCUAGAACACAGGUGUGGGUGUGUGUGAAUGUGUGCAUGCACAUUUGUAUGUAUGUAUGCAUUGCACACGUACACGUGUUACCAAUAUCAAUAUUUUUGCAUAUAUUGCAGACAAGUUUCUUGCAUCUUUGAAGAAUAGUUAUUGGUGUUAUACCAAGUGCAUUUGAUAUGAAGCAAUAGUUUUUGUAUGUAUGCUUUAAUCUUGUUUAAGUUUUAAUUACUGUUGUUUGAACAGUCACAAGCACAAACAACAAUUUGUCAAGAAGAUAACUCCCCGCUACCCCCCAGUAAAGUUUUUUCCUCCUUUAGCAAAUAUUCUGUAUUAUUUUCACAGUAACAACGUCAGACCAUUUUAAACAACACAGUUUUAUGAAAUGCUCUGAAGAUGGUCAUAGUAUGAUUGCAAGGCUGUUAUUAUUGUGAUAAAUGUGGCACUUUUUUUGUUAUGUGAAGUUUAUAAGACUGCAGUUGAAUUUAGAUGAUUGUGGACAGAAAUUUUGUCUGUUGGAGCAAUUGAGUGUAAAGUAAAACGUGUUAAUUUAAUGAAAUGCGAAAAACAUACUUUUCUAGAAAAAUGGACUCAUGAGUACAUAAAACUCGUGCUGUGUGAAAACACUUUAUUUUCUGCACAUUUUUAUAUGUUGGCUUGAUGAUAAGCAGAUUGGAUUAUCCUAAAGAAAAUAUGGAAUAAUGAAUGCGAGGGUGCUGUAAAUGUUUGAAGUCUCCUUGACUUGAUCACAGUGAACAGAAAAUGGUAACAGUUGUUGUAACUGAACAUACUUGAUAUGUUAGUAUUAACAGGAAGUGUAAGGGUAUGGCCUAAUUGAAUGAUAUGGGUGGGUAUUGUUCUUCAUGUUCCUAUUCGCCCCCAGUGGAGCAUAGGGCCUCAUGGGUGAGUAUGCAAGUCCAAAAUUCUGCAAAGGAUUAAGCAAGUGCAAAUUAUCUGUUGACUGUGAAAAAUCACCAAUGGGAACCCCAAGUGAGUUGUUUAAGAUUUUUAGGAAGGAUAUCCAGGCUUUUUCCAUCUACUCCUGCUUCCUAGCAAGAAAUUGCCAAUUUUACAGGUUUUGUUCCAAAGGCUGCAAGGUCUUCAGCCCUAGUGCCUUUGUUAUGUUUAUCAUGCCAAGAAUGUGUGUGCCUUCUUAUUCAUCAUGACAGACACUGCAAAGUAAUUUGGGGUCCACGUUAAGACUGGUGGUAUACUGUGUUUAGACUUAGAAACGGUUUGCUAAGAUUAGACUGAAAUCGCAAUGUAUGGCUAAGACUUUCAGACCAAAGUGCAGUUUGCUCAGCUUGUGGAUUGAGCAAUAUACUUCAAGUUAAGGCAGGAAUUUUGGGGAUUGGGAGUAUUGCAAGUUUGCAGAUAGUAAUGAUGGUCUUAGCCUUAGAUGAACGUCUUACUGCUUAGAGUACUUCAUCCUCUUUAGAGUACUUACUGUUUUUGUUGCUGUUUAAUUUUUACAACCAUUGAGGUAAUGGUAAGUGAUUUUUAUGUAUGGUUGUGCAAGUUAAAUUAUAAGGCCUUCAGGAGCUGUUACUUGCACAAAUACUAGACCAGUUUCUGUGGACCAGUAACAAUUAACCAAGCCUGCCAUAGUUUUAAAGUCUUCAGAUACUAGGCUGUGAAAGGCCAUCCUGUGAUGUUAUAUGAAUAUGCAGUUUUACACUGUGAAAAGGUGGAAGUGUUUAUGUGAUAGGUUGUUUGCAGUAAAUGUUCUGGUUGAUUGUUCAGUAUUCAGAAGACGUUACAGAAAGAUGAUUUUGAGUGCUAUAAGCUCAUAAAAACUCACUUUUGGCAUGCAAAGAAUACAAAGUGCUGAUGAUUUCUGCUUUAAGAAUAGUUUUAAAAUGGCUACUAUAGUUUUACUGUCUUUUUAAAAUUUCUGUGAUUUUAGUGUUUUGUCAAACUUUGGCUUUUUAUAAUUUAUCAUAUUUUGACAAAAAUAGUGGUCAUUUUUGACAUCCUCAAACCUGGGAGCAACAAAUGUUACAAAAUCUUGUUAGUUUAAUCUUUGUGGUUUUUAGUUUGAGACCAUACAUUCCAAAGGGUUUAUUUUGCAACAUUCCUAUAAAUAUAUUUGAUUAUAAAACUAAUGUUAUGGCUUACACUCAUGAUUAGAAACAACAAAAGUUUCAAAAAAUAAUAUGUAUGUCCCUAAACUCUUUCAAACAUGCAAAUGAUUUUUUCCUGGCUUGACAUGUUUUAGAAUUAUGUAUCUAGUUUAAUUCACAGUACAUCACUGACAGCUGGAAGGUGCUUUGAAAACUACACCAUUAAUGAAGUCCACAUUUUUGUUUUUCAAUUAACCUUUGCACAGCUUACAUUCAACCAAAAGAUCAUUCCUUAAUACGAUGUAAUUUUAACCACUUUUGAACACAUUUUCAAAAUCUAUUUUUAACUACUUUAUCAAAAACCAAAAAAAAAACCAAUCAACAUUUAAUAAGCAUAAUAAGAGAUGGAGUUGUGGUUGGGGAGGCAAACAUUUUUAAGUAUAAAGAUGUGUCAAAAUAAAUUAAUUUGCAUUUUAAUGUGUGAUACUUUGAUGCCAAAUGUUGUGUUUCCUGAAGAUGAUUUUAAUAAGUGUCUGUGUGCAAUUUUGCCAUGAGAUUUGUGUGUUUGUUAUAAAGUUUGCUUUGUCAAGUGCUACAUAUGGGUAGCAUACUUUUUAAUGUCAGGAAAAUGGGAGAGAUAACAAGAUUCAUUUUACAUAAAUCUUUAAAGACCUAUUGUUGUAAUUUUUUUACUUUGCUGCAAAAUAAUGAACCUAAAAAUGAGGAAAUAUCCUCAUUGUUUGCAAAAUUCAAAGCUUUAAACAAUACUUCUGCCCAAGAUGAGUUAAAAUCACUCAUUUUAAGUGAAAAAAAAUCGUUUCAGUGGGUCUUUAAGAACCAAACUUGUCAAAAUAUUUGUUCACACUAGCUUGUAGGACUUUCAUGUCCAGAGUAUGACAAGUGACAAUUUUGUUUUAUUUUAUUUCAUUAUGUUAAUGUAUAUUUUAUUUUUGCUGGAUGCCUCUUUCUUACUGAUUGACAUAAUAGUUGUGUAUUGUAGACAAUUGUUAUUAAAUUGGGGCAGAUUUUUCUGGUGCACUUUUCUUGGAACAAAUGGCUGCUGGUUAAAGGAACUGUCACAGCCCACCCAGCAGAGAGGGUACCUGAUUUAUCAGGUAAGACAAAGAUGGUAGACAGAGGGUUGGCCUCUGCUUUCCCUAUGUCAUAGAGACAUGGUGAACCAUUGGGCUCAUUGCCAUAGAGACAUGGUGAAUCAUUAUAUUCAUUGCCCUUACUACUAGGCAGUCAAACCAUUUUGUGAUGAGCGGUCAGGUUUUGUUUACGUAUAUAUUUGAAUAGGUUUCUACAAUUUUGAGGUGAAAGAAGUUUUAUAAAGGCAGCAAUGCCGAUAAAAUGGCUUUAACACUUUGAGUGACAUUGUAACAUAAUGCUGCUAAGCGUAUAGUCUGAGAACGUCCAGUUAUGAUGGCCAGCCUAAAAAAAAUACUCUCCCACACACAAAAAUCUAUUGACAGAUCCAUAGAAAGGAUAACAGGAGAUGAUGCCAUGAAGUCAGCCAUCGGAAGCUUUUCUUAGAAGUGAGAAAAUUGGCAUUGAAGAACAAAUAUUUAUCUAGUCUUAUGUCCCCCAUCCAUGUUCAACAAUUAGUUCUUAAGUUUAGAUCUUUUACUUUGUUGUGAAAAUCAGAUUUGAGAAGGGUUUUAGAAUGCUUGCAAAUCCAGAACAGAUGCAAAAUAUGAUAUAGAAAAAUGUAGGUGAUGCAGUCAGAUUGCCCAUUUAGUACUAUCCUUAAAUCCUCUCUGAAAACAGAAAUUAAUUUUAAGCCCUUGCCCAAUUUGAUUUAGUGUGACCAUUGCUACAAUAUGACUAAUGGUGCCAUAAACAUGCUUCGCAUUUGUACUUUCAAUCUUUUGAAUUUGCUAGCACACAAAGUGUAACAAUAGGUUUAUAUGAGAAGUUUGGUUAGUAAAGUUUGAGACUGAAUAUAGAGGUAGUUAUACCUGGAAAGAAUAUAAAGAGGUGGGAGGUACUAAUAGUAGCCCUUUAGUUGAUCACAUUAAAAAUCUAAAAGUGAUUACAACUAAAAGUAUCCUGCAAUCAAUUAUUCACGGUUAGAUGUAGCAGUGUUGCACAGUUCAUUUCAGUUAUUUGAGUAAAAAAUACAUGAGUGAACAAAACUUAUGCGUAUAAUAUUAAUGCACCGAUAUUUGUGUUCUUUUUUAUGAUUGUACCUUUUGAUAUAGAUUAUUAUACAUAGCCAGUAAUUUUGUUGUUUACAGUUUUUACAAUUAAGGAAGAGCAAAAUUAUACUAUGCAGAUUUUACUUUUGUUCUGGAGGUGGGACCAUAUUUGCAUACUUUGAGCUUUUUGAAAAGAGGUGGUGAAAGGUGGCUGGUUAUGGUUCAGCAUCUAAUCAGUGGAUCAGUAUUACCAGCAUGAGUAGGUUUAAAGAACUUUUAGUCACCUCACUAUUGUUCUAUACAGUGUGAGUUAUACAGGGUAUAUAUAUAUACCUUUUUUCUGUACUUUCAAUGAUGAGUAACAUGUUUACAAAUUUCUAUUAGACCAUCUGUGUUAAAUAAAAUGAGUUUGUAUUUGC